CGAGGAAGGAAAAAAAAAAAUCGAGGGUACCGCGGGUGUUCGGAGGGACGGAUUUGGAAAGAAGGAAGGAGCGGGGGGUGAUUAGGUGACUUGUUUUCCAAAGGUGAGGGCUUUCACGUUGCAAUUGCAAUUGAGGGGGAGUGGACGAGUAUAGAAUGUGGGUGCCGAAUGGGGAGGGACGUGGGUGUGGGGAAAGGGCGGAUAUGAGAUGGCGUGUUGCGGGGGGUGGUAGGACAAAUGGGUGAGAGACUACCGGUGACUUGAGAAUGGGAGGUGAUGUGAGGUUGGGAUGUGGGGUAGUGAGGAAGAUGGAAAGGUGGAGUUUGAGAGGGGAUGUGAGGAUGGGUGUGGCCGAGUAAGAGGUGACUUGAAGAUAUCUCUGAACUGUUAUGUAGAUACCUGGCACACGUCGGGGUCUGUUGUAACGGAGAAUACGGAAUGCAAUACAAAGAUGGAUUUGACGUGUGGCCAGAGGGUUGGUGGUUGUAUGGGAAGGAAGUGAUGGAUGUCGCAGGACGGGAUGGUAUAGGGAGAAAUGUCUAGGUCCGGAUAAGAGGGAAGAGUGGUGGUGACGGUAUGACUUGAUCGGUGGUGCUGGGACUCGAAUGGGGUCGUUAGUCGUCCAAGAGCAGCCAACUCGAGUC